AAAAGCAUAUGGACGUCAUAAAUCUAAGGAGGGGAAUGAACUUUCAAGAGGAUCUGCUGUUUGCGACUGACGACUACAGAUGCGCAGUAAUUAUGGUCACGACCACAGUUUGCGGUAGGCACCGUACGUAUGACCUACGAAUCAGGGGCGCUUAUGUUAUACUUCGACCUCCAGCAAAGUGCCUCGAAGAAUACCUGAAGUACGAAAAGCAUGGAAAAGUAAUAUAUGAGCCAAGCUGCCCAAGCAUACUUAAGAGACAUGAGAAGACGGCGUUGUAUGAACCACAAAUUGAUCGCUGCGGAAAUCGCAAUAACUGAUACCGGUAUCAUUGGGGAUCGACACAAACUUUUAUGCAGGUAGUCACAACUGUGAGCGUGAAAAUACGUGCGUUA